AUAUUUUUUAGGAAUUCCAGAAGGUAAACCUGGGCAGCAACAUCUAUAUCGAGUCACCUCUGUCCCGCCUAGAACAGGAGCCACCCUGCCACCCCCAAUAUGUCUGACCUGUGUGAAAGAACUUGUCCCUACCACUCCACCUUUCCUAGCGUUAGACGAGAACAUCUAUCGAGUUAAAACCUCAACAUGGGAAGAAGAAGACGACGAUAUGAUCAUAACUACACCUCCUCCUCGGAGGAAGAAGAAGCAGAAGCAAAAGUCCAAUGAAGAACCACCUUGUCUAUAUCACAACGCCAUCUUCAGUGGCAGUUGGAGUGCGUCAUACUACGUCUUAGAGUGUUUGGGGCCUGGAAUCCCUACCACCAGUUUGUACAAGACGGCUAUGCCGAAGCCUAAAUUGCUGAUGUGGUUGCAGAAUAAUACGAAGUUGAGGGAGAGGGUGGCCAAGAUGGCUAUGCCACAGAUUAAGACGUUUCCGGUGCAAAUUUCGGGUGGCUACCAGGCACACGUGCGUCUCCACUUGCCUCCAGGCCUGCGAGAGGACGAAAUCACCCGGUAUCCCCUAGUGGUCCAGGUGUACGGCGGUCCCGGGAGUCAGCUGGUGACGGAGCGCUGGAGGAUCGACUGGAACACGUACUUGAGCGGGCACAAGGACUUUAUAAUCGCUCAGAUCGACGGCAGGGGAUCCGGAGGGCAGGGUCACCAGCUUCUGCAUAAAGUCUACUAUAAAUUGGGGUCGGUCGAAGUGGCGGAUCAGUUGGAAGUUACGGAGUACUUGAGAGACACUCAACAUUUUAUCGAUAAGCGUCGAGUCGCGGUCUGGGGAUGGAGUUAUGGAGGAUUUGUAGCUGCUCUGGCCCUUGCCAGUCCCAAGAGCGUCUUUCAGUGCGCCAUCGCUGUAGCUCCGGUUACCAAUUGGAAGCUUUACGACUCUGCUUAUACAGAGAGAUACAUGGGUCUGCCAAAUGUGACUGACAACUACAAGGGCUACGAGGAGGCGGACGUAAGCAAAAAGGCUCACCAGCUCAAGGACAAGAUGUUCUAUUUGAUCCACGGUUCUGCGGAUGACAACGUUCAUCUGCAGCAGUCCAUGGCACUUGUGAAAUCUCUGACCGAGGCAGGAACCCUCUUCAGGCAGCAGAUAUAUCCAGAUGAAAGCCACAACCUAAGUGGAGUGAAAAAGCAUCUGUACAAAAGCAUGGGGCAAUUCCUGGAUGACUGUUUCCGAAAGCAAGUCCCUCCGGAGUUCAAAGCGGGACUGCGGAACGACGUUGAGUAGUACACCUUUGAUGAUUUCCUUUAGAUGGACUCUUACCUAAAAAAUAUGUGAUUCGCGCCCCAAAAUUAGGGUCGGUGCAACGAUAUUUUCAUUGGCUCAAUAGAAAUAUUCUUUUCAACCAGGUACGUCGUGGUACAGAAUAUUAGAGAACCUU